CUUCCCCCACCGACGAAAAGUUUAAUCUGCAAAAUGUACACUCUCAUACAUGGAUUUUAUAAAUAUAUGGUACAAAAGGAUGAGUUUUGUGUAUUAAUAUUAGGAUUGGAUAAUGCUGGUAAAACUACGUACCUGGAAGCAGCAAAAACGAAAUUGACGAAAAAUUAUACAGGAAUACAUCCUACAAAGAUCACUACAACUGUUGGUUUGAAUAUUGGAAAGAUUGAUGUUGCUGGUAUAAGAUUAAACUUUUGGGAUUUAGGAGGUCAAAUUGAACUUCAGUCUUUGUGGGACAAGUAUUAUGAAGAAUCGCAUGCUAUUAUAUAUAUUGUUGAUUCUUCUGAUAGAGAAAGAAUUCAAGAAUCAAAAGAGAUAUUUGAUAAAAUGAUAUCAAGUGAAGCAUUACAAGGAAUCCCUCUAUUGGUUCUAGCAAAUAAACAGGAUAUUCCAGAAUGCAUGGGAGUUAGAGAAGUGAAGCCAAUAUUCAACAAAAAUGCGCAUCUGAUUGGAAAAAGAGACUGUAUGGUUAUGCCAAUAUCAGCUCUCACAGGUGAAGGAGUUGAUGAAGGCAUCAGGUGGCUUGUGGAUUGCAUCAAAAGGAAUGUAUAUUUGAGACCACCCAGAAACCAAGAAGAAACUUAAAGAAGUUGUUUAUAAAUAAAUGGACUAAUAUUUGUGGUAACAAGAAAUGUCACAAUUUCUUGUUGAAAUCAAGACUAUGCUUGAAAUAAAGUGUUAAGAACUUAUUUUUCAUUUUAAAAAUAGAUUUUUGUGUCAAAUAGAUUUGUAUUGAGAUUACUAUGGACUGUCUAUUUGAAACAAUUUUUUAUCUAAGAGGAUUUAUCAAAGUAAAUCAUAAUAAAAUCAGAACCACUUUAAUAUUA